AUGUCGGGCAAGAAUUCUACGUUGAAAUUCUACCAGGUCAUCAUCAAUCAGACACCAGAUAUUUCAGAAAAGGCGGGUGUUGAUAUGAUGGUACUUCCAAGCUACAAGUUAUACAAAGAUGGUGCUGGUCCAGUCAAAAGUGUUCAGGGCUCAGAUGCCAAGGACCUUUUGGAUAUAAUUGCCGCUGCUUGA